AACUGGUGCAGACAAACAAAAAGAAAAACAAAACAAAAGUACGAAUAUAUACCGUAGAAUAAUCGAGGACAGAACAAUGGACGUGGCAGAGGAGGCCAAGCAAAUUAUGAUUCAGGCUUUGGGGAAAAUGUACAGCUCUCGCACCCAGCGCGGUGGACUUCGACUCCAUCGGAGUCUGUUGCUAACGCUUGUGAUGAAAUCUGCCAGGGACAUCUACCACUCUGUCCGUCUGCCAUGCGAAAAUGAGAGUCUGUCUGGCAGUUCGCCAGGUGUCCAAGAGAAGUCCCCACGGACAGACGAAGCAAUGGACACAACCGGCACAAAAGACUCAGAGGCGCCUACGUCAUACAGUGAACUGCCGACACAGUCUGUUGAAAGCGGUCAGAGGUCUGGACAUGAGAAUGACCCACAUUCGGGUGGUCUUGGUGAGAUCCAAUCGGACAAAGAGAAUCGCAGUCCCAGCAGACUAGACCAGAACUCUAGAAAGAGACGUGGCAAAACAACAUCAGAGCCCGACUUUCUGCCUUGCAAGAAAGCGAAAAUGGAAGCGGGAGAGGUCAGGCGUAUUCUUCAGAGCUCUACAUUACGGACUAAUUCUGGAAACAGCUGUCGAACCCUGGAAAGCCUUACAACUACAAUUACGCCAAGGACUCUCGUAACGUGUUGAAUGGGUAGACUGAAGGGAUCUGGAAAUUAAGUUUUCAGAGCGCAUGAAACGAACUUUACGCACAGUCGCGCUAUACAAUGCCAGGCUUGUGGGUUACUGAUGUGGAACAAACGCACGGGUUUGCAGUCUGUUGAGUCAGCUAAACUAACACCUUGAUAGCACGAGACCAUCCGAGAAUAAAAUAGGUCAAUUCUGGCAACAGCUGUGUUGACAAAACGGCAGGUAUGCAAUGACCGUCAACCACACGUGACUGGAAAGCCCGGAUACUCAGUUUGGAAGAGUUCGUGCGAUUAUUGACUCAUGCUGUUGUUCCUGUAAUGAUGAGUGGUGACUAAACGAUCAGAAAUCGUUAAGUUCCACAUGGGAAUGUCUCAAGCGGAGACGCUCGCCUGGCAAUAAUGGUUGCCUGAGCGAAGCAAACGGGACCCAGCGCUCUCUCCAUGAUGGGCAGAGUGGACUUUUGAUUCAUUGUUAAUUGUGAAUUAUCUGUUUGUUAUGUCUUGAUUCAGUAAUCAAAACAAAAUGAAUCUGUGAUAUCUGUGCAUAGUUGGCUUUGUUAGAGUGUGUAAACUCCAAUGUCAAAGACCAAAAUGUUCCAGUGUCAUAAACUACCUCACUUUUGUAUAAUAAAAAUUGUAUAAUAAAACAUA